CUAGCGUGCCCUGUGCUGCUGCUGUUGAGAAGACCUGCCGGCCCCGGCAGCCCCGUGUGCGGCGCACCUCGUCGCUGGACACCAUCGUGGGCUCGUACCUGUUGGGACAGUGGCCAAGGGACGCCGAAGGAGCUUCCACUUCGUGCAUGAACGACAAAGCCACCCAGACUCCGGUGUCCUGGCAUGACGCGGAAGCGGGGAAAGCCAGCUCCAGUGCUCACAAGCGUUCUGCUUCUUGGGGUAGCACAGAUCACCGCCGAGAGAUUGCCAAACUGAAGCAGCAGCUCCAGCGAACGAAGCUAAAUGGCAGAAGUGGCAAAGAGAAGGAGAAGAGCUCCCCGCUCCAGGGAGACCACGCUGUCCUUGGAUCGCUCAGGGACUCUCCUUCAGGCUUCCUUUUGCCAUCUCCCAUUUUGAGGCUCAGCCCCUGCUUGCACAGGAGCCUGGAAGGGCUAAACCAGGAACUGGAGGAGGCGUUUGUGAGGGAGCCGGGAGAUGAAGAGCUUUUGCGGAUACUGGAUGUCCCAGAUGGCCACAGGGCACCAGCGCCUGCCCAGAGGGGCUCGGGAGAUGCGUCCCUGACUCUGGAGCCCAGCAGCG